ACACACAAAAACCGUGUGAAGACCGAACGGACGGCUCUUUCUUUCGCCCUAUUUGAAAGAAGAGGAGAGGAGGAGGUAGAUUUCUCUUGCUCCCUUUCCUCGCCUAAGCCACUCUCACCUCUCGGAUUUUGAUUUUAGGGGCUGUUGGUGUUAACAGGCUUGAAGAAAAUGGGGCUUUCAUUCACCAAGCUUUUUAGUCGGCUCUUUGCCAAGAAAGAGAUGCGUAUCCUCAUGGUGGGUCUUGAUGCUGCUGGUAAGACGACCAUUCUCUACAAACUCAAACUGGGAGAGAUUGUGACCACCAUUCCCACAAUUGGGUUUAAUGUGGAGACUGUAGAAUACAAGAACAUUAGCUUUACAGUCUGGGAUGUUGGGGGCCAGGACAAGAUCCGUCCUUUGUGGAGACAUUACUUUCAAAAUACUCAAGGGCUUAUCUUUGUGGUUGAUAGCAAUGACCGAGACCGUGUGGUUGAGGCCAGGGAUGAGCUACACAGGAUGUUGAAUGAGGAUGAAUUGAGAGAGGCAGUGUUGCUAGUGUUUGCUAACAAGCAAGAUCUGCCAAACGCUAUGAAUGCUGCAGAGAUAACUGAUAAGCUUGGUCUUCACUCUCUCCGUCAGCGCCACUGGUAUAUCCAGAGUACAUGCGCCACUUCUGGUGAGGGGCUGUAUGAAGGACUUGACUGGCUCUCAAAUAAUAUUGCAAACAAGGCAUAGACAGCCCAGCGGAAUUCUGAGUUUUGGAUUGCAGCAAAGUUGUGGAACACAAAGCUGGUUGUUCCUUAUUUUGUUUUAGCGUACCAUUUCUUCAUAGAAUCUCUGUUACUUGAGUCAUAGAUUAUUUGUGUUUUCUCAUGCAAACGUUGCUAUUUAGUCUGUAGUUGCAGAAAUAAUUCUUACGUUUCAAAUUUUCAUCUUUCUGCCUA